AUGAGUCACCGAAAGUUUGAACAUCCACGUUGUGGUAGUCUUGGAUUUUUACCAAAAAAGAGAGCAUGCCAUCAUCGUGGAAAGGUGAAAUCAUUUCCAAAAGACGAUCCUAAAAAACCCGUACAUCUUACCGCUUUUCUUGGUUAUAAAGCAGGUAUGACCCAUAUCGUACGUGAAGUCGAUCGACCAGCUUCCAAAUUAAACAAAAAAGAAACUGUCGAAGCUGUAACUAUCAUCGAAACACCACCUAUGGUUAUUGUUGGUGUUGUUGGUUAUAUUAUGACACCACGUGGUCUUCGUGCAUAUAAAACCAUCUAUGCUCAACAUUUAAAUGAAGAAUGUCGUCGUCGUUUCUACAAGAAUUGGUAUUCAUCAAAACGAAAAGCCUUUUCAAAAUAUUCAAAAAAAUGGGAUGAUGAAUCAGGCAAAAAAGCCCUCGACAAUGACUUUAAACAAAUGAUCAAAUAUUGUAAGGUUAUUCGUGUAUUAGCACAUACACAAAUGAAAUUAUUACGCAAACGUCAAAAGAAAGCACACAUUAUGGAGAUACAAUUGAACGGUGGUACCAUUGAACAAAAAGUUAAUUUUGCUCGUGAACAUUUAGAAAAACAAGUACCAAUAAGUCAAGUAUUUUCUAAAGAUGAAAUGAUUGAUACUAUCUCAGUAACCAAAGGUCGUGGUUUCAAAGGUGUUACAUCACGUUGGCAUACGAGAAAACUACCACGCAAGACACACAAAGGUUUACGAAAAGUAGCUUGUAUUGGUGCAUGGCAUCCAGCUCAUGUCUCAUAUGCUGUUGCUCGCGCUGGUCAAAAAGGUUAUCAUCAUCGUACUGAAAUCAAUAAGAAAAUCUAUCGUAUCGGCGAAGCCAUUCAAGUUAAAGAUGGUAAAACUGUUAAAAAUACAGGUUCAACUGAUCAUGAUCCUACAGAAAAAACCAUCACUCCUAUGGGUGGCUUCCCACAUUAUGGUGAAGUUAAACAAGAUUUCAUUAUGAUUAAAGGCUGUUGUAUUGGUCCAAAGAAACGUCCAAUAACGUUACGUAAAUCACUUAUACUUAACCAAAAACGUUCACAUCGUGAACAAAUUGAAUUACGCUUUAUCGAUACAUCAUCCAAAUUUGGUCAUGGUCGAUUUCAAACUCAUGAAGAGAAACGCAUAUUUAUGGGUCCACUUAAGAAACAUCGUCUUCAAGAAGAACAACAACUUACAACGACAGCAGCAGCAACAACACCACAAACAAAAUCAUCAUAG